AUGGCAAGUGGUUGCCGAUAUGAAGUCAUUUUGCAAACAUGCUCCAUAUUAGAUUUGAUAGACAUAGGCGCCGUCAAACCGCUCGCCGAAGCAGUGUCCGGUUUUGCCGUGGUGGUGACAGAGCCAGGAGAAGAGUUCUUCAUCGCAACGGCGUACUUUACCUCGACGAAGACGCUGAUCGGUGCGCCGGUGCUGUCGACGCCCAAGGACGAUGAAAGCGUGAAGAUAGGUCUUCCUGCAGCAUCCAGAAUGAAGUCUUCGACCUGGAGCCGGGCGCUUUCGGCCAGUGUCGGCGCGGCAUCCGGUUCCUGGGCGGUCAGCGCUGCCGAUGGCGCCGCCAGGGCCCGGCAUGUCGUCGUCGCAAUUAAUGCCUACACAAAAGGGGUCGCUCCGGGGGUCCUCAAUGCCUCAAUACCGCUUCAGGCCUAUCAAAUCGUCAGUCAGCCUCUCGACGACAACGUUCGGCGCGUCAUUCUGCCCAGAACACGUACCAUAUAUGUCCCAGGAUCCGGCUCCACGUGGACGGGCGUCUCCAUGUCAGCAUCGACGGGCCAGCCUUUCUUUACGACGAGCGAUGAACCCUCGGCCUGA